GCACGUCGACCAAUCGGAAGUGCCGUCGAAUUUACGCAUAGAAAUAUCACUGACGUGUCCGCAAAAGGGGGACUACUUCAAGAGUUCAUGAUUAUUCCCGUUUUGUAUAAGGGAAAAACAACAGUGCUCCGCAAAUCGUGUUAAUCGACAGUACCGCUAGCGUAAUCAAGCUACGACGAAAUUAUGGCGUCAGUAAUCAACGCUUUCGUAAAUCCGCUCACUAACAGACUAGAGGCACCGGUCAGACAACACUUGAAAAAUGUGUACGCCUGCCUGUCCUUGUCGGCAGUCACAGCUGCCGCAGGAGCUUACAUUCACCUGUUCACAGAAAUUCUACAGGCUAAUAUGUUAACCACCCUCGGCACCUUUGGUUUACUUCUUGCUUUAAUUAGUACACCAGACAAUGGAAAGAAUCAGAAAUUGCGGCUCAGCUAUCUGCUGGGAUUCGCAUUUCUGUCUGGGCUUGGUUUGGGUCCUUUAAUUAAAAUAGUUAUCGCUGUUAAUCCGAGCAUUAUAGUGACAGCACUAAUAGGAACGACUGUUAUAUUUGUAUCGUUCAGUAUCUCCGCUCUUCUGGCUGAACGGGGUCACUGGUUGUAUCUUGGUGGGACUCUAAUUAGCGUGCUGAACAUGAUGUUUAUGUUUUCAUUCGUUAAUCUCUUCCUCCGUUGGUCAUUCUUCUACCAAAUUCAUUUAUACGUUGGAUUAUUUCUGAUGUGUGGCUUUAUCAUUUAUGAUAGCCAGCUCAUUGUUGAAAAAUUCCAUAUGGGUAGCAAAGACUUUAUUUUGCACUCAUUGGAUCUUUUGAUAGACUUUAUUGGACUUUUCCGUCACCUCCUUAUUAUCCUUACACAAAAGGAAUUAUCAAAGUAUCAACGCAAACAACGUAACAACAAACAGUAAGAAGAAACAAGAAGAAAGAAAAAGUGUAAAAUAUCAUGCCAUUCAAGUAAAUCCAUGAACUAGUCUUCAUCUAAUCUAUCCAUAUGUAAACAUAUUUACUACGGUAAAACUGAAUUCAAAGUAAUGCAGCUUCUUGAUUACGUCGAGGAAUUUUUAGGCAUGCGUUGGCCGUAAAAGCGCAGUUGUAUUUGUUUUGGAUUACUUAGUUGGUCACUUCUUUUUUCAAUUAUCUAAUAGAUUUAUAUACAUGUAUACAUACAUAGACAUAAAUUUAUUGUACUAUAUUUUUAUCUUUCAAUAAACAAAAUUUCCCAGCGUUU